CGAAAGCGUUGGUGGCCGAGUUGAAAAGAUGGCGACGUCGAUCCCGAAACGGGACGUCGCUGUGGCCUUGAGCGACGAUGAGCCUGACGAGGACGUGUGCGGAAGCGAGGACGGUGAACAGGAGACGUGGGAAGACUGGGAGGAAGACGGAGAGUCCAUGAAGUGCUUCUUCUGCGACUUCCAACACAACCAGCUCCCGCACGUCCUUGUCCAUGCCAAGGAUGCCCAUGGCUUUGACUUUCGCGCGCAAGCGGUGGCGUUGCGUUUGGAGUUUUACAGCUUGGUGAAGUUGAUCAACUUUGCCCGGUCAAACUCGGCUGCCGACACGUUGUCGCUGCUUUCGGCGCAAGGGGCAUCUGUCCUGGACGACGACGCGUUGUUGAUUCCUGUGAUCAAAGAAGAUCCAAUGUUCUGCAGCGUCAUGGAAUUGUUCAACCAAGAUGGUGACAACGACAGCGACGACGACCAUGCUGCUUCCGAGAUGCAGGCUGCUGCCGUUCCAUUGACCCUCGAGGAAGAGAAUGCCGCCCUCAAGGCGGAACUCGAACAGUGCCGCGACCAAAUGCGCAAGUACUCGACCAUUGUACGAGCUUUCGCCGAAGAAAAACACGCGUCGAAACCCAAGGAAGAAGACAACGAUACGUACUACUUUGAUUCGUACUCUCAAGUGGGCAUCCACAAGGAAAUGAUUACCGACCGCGUGCGCACCGACUCGUACCGCGACGCGAUCCUGAACAAUCGCGCCGUGUUUGAAGGCAAGGUUGUGCUGGACGUCGGGUGCGGCACAGGUAUCUUGAGCAUGUUUGCGGCGCAAGCUGGUGCGGCCAAAGUGAUUGGAAUCGACUGCAGUGACAUGGGGGACACGGCCAAGCAAAUCGUGGUCGACAACGGAUUCGGAUCUGUGAUUGAGAUCAUCCGAGGCAAGGUGGAAGAGAUCGAGUUACCCGUGCAGCACGUCGACAUAAUCAUUUCCGAGUGGAUGGGGUACUGUCUCCUGUACGAGUCCAUGCUCGACACCGUUUUGUUUGCCCGCGACAAGUGGCUCGUCUCCGGCGGCCUUUUGUUUCCAGACAAAUCGACCAUGCAUCUCCAAGCCAUCCACGAUUCCUCGGCGCGCCUCGCGUUUUGGGAAGACGUGUACGGGUACAACAUGCACGCUGUCCGGGACCGCGUCGAGACCAAGGACGCGUUUAUCGAGGUUGUGCCGGCUUCAGACGUCAUUUCAACUCGUGCGCUCCUCAACACGAUCGACAUCCCGAGCGUCGACGUGGCGGCCUUGGAUUUCACGACCUCCUUCCAACUCGACGUGACCCGCGCGACGACGUGUCAUGGGUUCCUCUGCAGCUUUGACAUUGGAUUUCAGGACAAGCUGGCCAACCCGCUGUGGUUCUCGACAGGCGCAGAAGCCACACCAACCCACUGGCAACAAGUAUUUUUUCAUGUCAAGCACCCGUUUGCCGUCGAUGUUGGCAGCGUCAUUCGUGGCACGUGGGGCGUCAAGCGCAACUGGAAAAACCCGCGAUUCCUCGACGUCGACCUGUCCUGGAGCGUCGACGGCGACGCCGCUGUCCACAACGAAUCGUUCUACAUACAUUAAUCCAACACACGUGUCGAAAUUUUGUCUGGCAAGUUAAUACGUUU